AUGGUGGUUUUCAGAAAGGGUGACCAUGUGUGGCUGGACACUCAACCAAACAGUGAAUUUAAUGUUCCUAUUGGGGCAGUUGUGAAGGAAUCUGACUCAGGACGGAUCUUGCUGGAAGAUGAUGAAGGCAAGGAGCAUUGGAUCACGGCUCGGAACAUGCACAUGGUGAGCCUGAUGCACCCUUCCUCUGUGCAGGGGGUGGAGGACAUGAUCCGCCUCGGGGAUCUCCAUGAAGCUGGCAUGGUGCACAACCUCCUCAUCCGACAUCAGGAGCACAAAAUCUAUACUUACACAGGAUCAAUCCUUGUAGCAGUGAAUCCAUACCAGCUGCUGCCUCUCUACACGGUGGAUCAGAUCAGGCUGUACUGUAACAAGAGGAUUGGAGAGCUUCCACCUCAUGUCUUUGCCAUUGCAGACAACUGUUACUUCAACAUGAAGAGGAAUAAGAGAGACCAGUGCUGUGUGAUCAGUGGAGAAUCUGGAGCUGGUAAAACGGAAAGUACAAAGCUAAUACUACAGUUUUUGGCAGCUGUCAGUGGCCAGCAUUCCUGGAUAGAGCAGCAAAUCCUAGAGGCCAACCCCAUUCUGGAAGCUUUUGGAAAUGCCAAGACAAUUCGAAAUGACAAUUCGAGCCGCUUUGGGAAGUACAUUGAUAUUCACUUCAACCAAAAUGGUGUGAUAGAAGGAGCCCGGAUAGAACAGUUCCUCCUGGAGAAGUCCCGGGUUUGCCGGCAGGCUCCAGAGGAGAGGAACUAUCACAUCUUCUACUGCAUGCUGAUGGGGAUGAAUACAGAACAGAAAAAGAUGCUGAAUCUGAGCACUGCUUCAGAGUACACCUAUCUCACUAUGGGUAACUGCAUGUCCUGCGACAGCCGGAACGACGCCAAGGAUUAUGCCCACAUCCGCUCGGCCAUGAAGAUCCUCAUGUUCUCGGACUCCGAGCACUGGGACAUCAGCAAGCUGCUGGCUGCCAUCCUGCACCUCGGGAAUGUAGAGUUCCAAGCGGCCGUGUACGACAACCUGGACUGCUCUGAUGUGAUAGACUCACCACACUUCUCCAUUGCCACCAAAUUGCUCGAGGUGGACUCUACUGAACUCCAGAACAGCCUCACAAACCUCUCCAUCAUUGUCCGGGGAGAAAGUGUGUCCAGGCCUCUGAAUAUCGUUCAAGCUGCCAAUGGGAGGGAUGCCUUUGUGAAGGGUAUAUAUGGGCGGAUUUUCUUGUGGAUCGUGAACAAAAUCAACUCAGCCAUUUUCAACCCGUCUUCUCAGAAGCCUAAAGACAGACAUCAAUCCAUUGGACUGCUGGACAUUUUUGGGUUUGAAAACUUCAGCAACAACAGCUUUGAGCAGCUGUGCAUUAACAUUGCAAAUGAGCACCUUCAGCAGUUCUUCGUGCACCAUGUCUUCAAGCUGGAGCAAGAGGAAUACUUUGCAGAGCACAUUGCCUGGAACAACAUUGACUUCACUGAUAACCACCAGGCUCUGGAAGUCAUUGCACUCAAGCCCAUGAAUAUCAUCUCCCUCAUUGAUGAAGAGAGCAGGUUCCCAAAGGGCACAGAUGCUACCAUGCUUAUCAAAAUCAAUUCCCUCCAUGGUAAAAGUAAAAUCUACAUCCCACCUAAGAAUGUUCAUGACACCAAGUUUGGCAUCAACCACUUUGCUGGGGUUGUCUUUUACGAAUCAAAAGAUUUCCUGGAGAAAAAUCGUGACACACUGAGUGCUAAUGUAAUGCAAGUGGUCCAUUCCUCCAAAAACAGAUUCCUGAGAGAGAUUUUCCAGGUGGAAACAACCCCACCUAGUCUGGGACGUGGGACCAUUCGGCAUCUUGGAUCUGACCAGGUCUACAAGGGCAUGGAUACCACCAAGAGGCUCUCAACACUGGGAGGACAGUUCAAGCAAUCCCUGGAAAAACUAAUGAAAAUCCUUGAGCAGUGCCAGCCAUACUUCAUCCGCUGCAUCAAGCCAAACGACUACAAGAAACCACUGCUGUUUGAUCGGGAACUAUGUAUCAAACAGCUGCGAUAUUCAGGGAUGAUGGAGACCAUUCAGAUCAGGAAAGCUGGGUACCCAAUUCGCUACACCUUUGAGGAGUUCUUUGAAAGAUACAGAGUUCUUCUGCCAUGGUCUCUUCGACAACAGCUGAAGAAUGAUGUUCGACAGAGCUGCAUCAGCAUCUCUGAAGCAGUGUUGGGCAAGGGGGAAAGCUGGCAAGUUGGAAGGACCAAGAUUUUCCUGAAAGAACAUCAUGACACUGUAUUGGAGCUGCAACGCCAAAAUGUACUCACAGAUAAGGUUCUUCUUAUCCAGAAGGUGAUGAGAGGAUUGAAGGACAGGAAGCAGUUCCUGAAACAGAGGAAGUCUGCUGUAGCCAUUCAGUCAGCCUGGAGAGGCUACUGCUGCCGGAAAGAAUUCAGAACGGUGCUGCUGGGCUUCGGGCGCCUGCAGGCGCUGUACCGCGGCCGGCAGCUGGCUCAGCGCUACGAGGCCACCCGGGCGGGGAUCAUCAGGCUGCAGGCCGUGUGCCGCGGGUACCUGGUGCGCCACAAGGUGGCACAGCAGAGGAGAGCUGCCUGUGUCAUCCAGGCGUAUGCACGGGGCAUGCUGGCUCGUCAAACCUACCGGAGGAUAAAGCGGGAGGUAAUGCUCACAGAUACCUUAGAGGAGGCAGAAGCAAGGAACGUGCUUGCCAAUAAACCAACAAAUCAUGAUGUUAUCAGCGACCAAGAAAUGGUGGACAAAAUUUUUGGGUUUUUACCUUCUGUGAUUGGAGGCCAAGAAGGACAGGCUCCUCUGGGUUUUGAGGACUUGGAAACAAAGCCUAACAAGCUGGAGGAAGUGGACCUGGACAUGGUUCCCAUGAGUUUGGAGCUAGAAGAGGAAGCACAUGGUUUGGAAGAGUACACCUUCCCCAAGUUUGCAGCUACUUAUUUCCAGGGGUCUUCUACACACACACACAUCCGGAGACAGCUGCGGCACCCACUACUCUACCAUGAGGACAAGGACAACAUCCUGGCUUCUCUAGCUGUGUGGGUGAUCAUCCUGAGGUUCAUGGGGGACCUGCCAGAGCCACCAAUGUUUGCCAAGAGUGCCACCACCAGGAGCAGCUCUGUGAUGACACAGAUAUAUGACACACUUGGCAGGAAAAACCAGGUCCAGUUGAGGAAUGACAGCCCAAAUAUGAGAGAAGGCAGAAGGGAUAACAAGAUUUCUAAGGGGAUUUCAUCCCUGAAACUGAAACGGUCAUCCAAGCUGACAGGAAAGGUGACAGAUCAGCUACGAAGUGGAGAAGAGGCUUUCCAGGAAGAUGUCUCAAUCUCUCAGAGACCUAUGUCCAACCUAGAAAAAGUACACUUCAUUAUUGGCAAUGCAAUUCUGCGUCCUGCCAUCAGAGAUGAGAUUUAUUGCCAGAUUUGCAAACAACUCACUGAAAACAGCAACAGGAGCAGCUAUGCUCGUGGCUGGAUCCUUCUGUCACUCUGCCUUGGCUGCUUUCCUCCUUCAGACACGUUUGUGAAGUACCUGUUGAAUUUCAUCCACCACGGGCCCACGGGCUACGCUCCCUACUGUGCUGAGCGUCUGAGGCGCACCUACAGCAACGGGGCCCGGACUGAACCUCCCAGCUGGCUGGAACUUCAGGCAACAAAGCAGAAGAAACCCAUUAUGUUUAAUGUCACCCUCAUGAAUGGCCAAAGCAUCACUAUCCCUGCAGACUCUGCUUCCACUGCCAAAGAGAUCUGUCAGUUCAUAGCUGAUAAAAUCAAACUGAAGGAUGUCUUUGGGUUUUCACUCUACAUUGCUGUGUUUGAUAAGGUGUGGUCGCUGGGCGGGGGCCGGGACCACGUGCUGGACGCCAUCUCGCAGUGCGAGCAGCUGGUGAGGGAGCGCGGCACGCACGAGCGCCACGCGCCCUGGCGCCUCUACUUCCGCAAGGAGAUCUUCACGCCCUGGCACAGCGCCCGGGAGGACCCUGUCAGCACCGACCUCAUCUACCACCAGCUCAUCCGCGGCAUCCGCUUCGGGGAGUACCGCUGUGAGAAGGAGGAAGAUUUGGUGGAGAUAGGUGCAAAAUAUUGUUAUAUCCAAUUUGGAGAUACCAUCCACAAUGAACUUGUGCAGAAGGUGCUCCAUGACUGUAUCCCAGUAAAACAGCUGAAGUCCAAGCCCCUGGAAAAGUGGGUGAGCCUUAUAACCUAUGCACAUGCUAAGGCCCCAUACACACAGGACCAUCUCUCCUCUCAGACUGUGAAGGAGCAACUUGUAGAUUUUGCUCGCUUUCAGUGGCCUUUGCUUUUUUCCAGAUUCUUUGAAGUCACUAAAUUUUCAGGACCCAGCUUGCCUAAGAACCACUUCAUCAUUGCUAUAAAUUGGAAAGGGAUCUGCUUCUUGGAUGAGUCAGAAAAGCGACUCCUUGAGCUGACCUUCCCAGAGGUAACUGGCAUCCACACCAACAGGGCAGUGAAAUCAUUUGGACAGAGUUGCACUCUCAUCACGCUUCGUGCCGAGGAAUUUGUUCUGACAUCUGUAAACAGUGUUGUCAUUGCUGAACUGGUGGUGAUGUUCCUGGAAGGACUGAAGAAAAGAUCACAGUUUGCUGUGGCAAUGCAUGAGAAAAAAUCCCAGGAAGAUCCUGGAAUCCUGUCCUUCAAGAAGGGAGACUUGCUAAUCUUCACUGAAGACAAAAGGCUGGAUGCAGACUCUGGCUGGAUCUGUGCCCAGAAUGAAAGGACAGGCAAAACAGGGAAUGUAUUUUUGGAAGACAUCUACAUCAUUCCUUCCCUCACAAAACCCUCUAGUCAAGUGCUGAGUUUGCUGAUGAUGUCUCCAGACCAGAGGAGGACAGCUUCACAGAACUCCUUCACGGAGGAACCUGAUGAAGAGGAUAUCAAGGUGAAGCCUUACACCCUGGAGGAGUUCUCCUACGAACACUUCAGGACUCCUGAGAAGGAAUCCAUCAGCAAAACUGUUCUCCAGAAAUCCCGUGGGCACAGUCAGCUGUGGGCACAUUCUAAGGAGCCUCUGAAACAGCCACUGCUGAAGAGAGCAUGCACAGACCCUGAUCUUCGGGAUUUGGCCUGUCAGGCCUUCAUUGCCAUCAUGAAAUUCAUGGGAGACUACCCCUCAAAACAGGCACAUUCCUCUGUGGAAGUCACUGACCAGAUAUUCGUGCCAGCGAUCCAGGAGGAGGUGCUGCGGGAUGAGAUUUACUGUCAGAUUAUGAAGCAACUGACUGAGAACAGAAACAGGUACAGCGAGACCAAGGGCUGGCAGCUGCUCUGGCUCUGCACUGGCCUCUUCCCACCCAGCAAGUCACUGCUCAAACACGCCCAGAAGUUCAUAGAGACACGUCAGAAAGAAACACUGGCCCCGGCGUGCCGUCGGAGGAUUCAGACAGUAAUGAGGAGUGGCUGCAGGAAGUGGGCACCUCAUCCUGUGGAGGUUGAGGCCAUCUUACAGAACAACACUAAGAUCUCACACAAGAUUUGCUUCCCCAAUGAAACAGAACAGACAUUUGACGUGGGAACAAACACCAAAAUCCAGACUCUGUGUCAGAACAUCGCUUCCAAACUGCAGCUGCAGUCCUGGGAAGGUUUCAGCCUCUUUGUGAAGAUUGCAGACAAGGUGAUCAGUCAGAAUGAAGCAGACUACUUCUUUGACUCACUGAGGCAGGUGACAGACUGGAACAGAAGAAAUAAACCAGGAAAAGAUGGGGCUGCUCUGUCUGUGGCAUAUGAGGUGUACUUCAUGAGAAAGCUGUGGCUCAAUGUCACUCCUGGCAAGGAUCUGAAAGCUGACACCAUUUUCCAUUACCACCAGGAGCUGCCAAAGUACCUCAGAGGCUACCACAAGUGUUCCAAGGAUGAAGCUGUGCAGCUGGCAGGGCUGAUUUAUAAAGCACACUUCAACAACGACCGCACACAGCUCGCAGCCAUCCCCAAAAUCCUGAAGGAGCUGGUGCCAGACAAUCUGCUCCGAGCAGUGUCCCCAGACGAGUGGAAGAAGAGCAUUAUUGCAGCAUACAGUAAACACGAAGGAAAAACUGUGGAUGAGGCCAAGAUUGCGUUCUUGAAGAUGAUACACCGGUGGCCAACAUUUGGAUCAGCCUUUUUUGAGGUGAAGCAAGCCUCGGAGCCCAACUUCCCAGAGAUUGUACUGAUUGCAAUCAACAAGCAAGGAGUCUCCCUGAUACAUCAGAAGACAAAGGAUAUUUUAGUAGUCUACCCCUUCAAUAAAAUCUCCAACUGGAGCAGUGGGAGCACAUAUUUCCACAUGACAAUAGGGAACCUGGUACGAGGAAACCGGCUCUUAUGUGAGACAUCUCUGGGUUACAAAAUGGAUGACCUGUUAACAUCCUACGUACGCCUGCUCAUGAAUGCUGUAAACAAGCAAAAGAACCUCCCAGCCUGAGAGUGCAAAUAGAGUCCACGACCUGUACUUGUGCCAAACUACCUGUAAUUUCAUACCCCAGAAGAAAUGCCAUUUAAAAACUAUUAUUCUUGAUGAUCCAUCUUCUGAUCACACACUGAAUGAACUGAGUUGCUGAAAUAGUACUACAAGAGAAGCUCAAAUGAGCGUGUGCUUUCAAAUAUCCGUAACACUUUUUUUUUAGAUCUAGUAUGAGAAUUCCAUUUAGAUAUUGGAUUUAGAGAAAGUUUAGAUGGACUUUAAUGUUUUAUGGGAGUGGGGAAACCCUGUGAAGACCCCUUCUAAUAGCCUGAAUCUCCUCCAUUCAAGGACACACACAUUAAGUGCUGUCUUCCUUCUGGAAAAAAAAUGCCCCUUAUUGUAUAUCUCUUACCAAAUGUACAAACUCCAAGAGUCUUUGGAAACAAAGGUAAUGUAAUUUUUUCCCUCCUACUGGCGAUUCUAAGAGUGGAGAGAUGCCCUUUAGUAGAUAACUGGACACUUUGAAAGGUAAGAUGCUGGCUUUCAUCCUCUGGUCUCUAGGUUACCUGCUGCACAUUACAGUAGACUUACAGCCAAGUACAGUCAGAAUGUUAUUGUCCUUCCUGCCUGCUGCUAAACUUGCAGGCUGUCCCCUGAACUUACCAUGGCCUUGCUUAAAUUAAAUAGUCUUUUUUCUUCCACAUCUUAUAAUGCUCUUGGAAACUAACAACUGCUUUCUACAGCACAGUUUCUAGUAGCUCUGAAAUGAGUCUGAAGUUUGGGUCUAUCACUUGUUGCUCCUAUUUCAAGAUAUAGAUGAGCUAUUCAGUGCAAAUCAGAACUGAAGAACUCAGUCUAACAGAGGUCUGUUGAAGAGACUUUUCUGCUCUACAAAAAUGUUCUGUUUGGAGUUAUGCAGACAUUCCUUCAUCAGACAAUAAUAGCUGUAAUUUGCCCAUAUCUUUUCUGCUUCCUGUUCAGCAGACAGUUUGAGUGGUAAAAUUUGAUUCAGCACUUGUUCAUCUCUAAGAGCUUUGUAGAAACAUAGCUUUGGUGCCACAGGAACCAGAUUGUGCUCUAAGUGUGUAAAGCAGAUCUAGACUAUGGUGGGAGUAAGCUUAGCUGCUUCCCCUCAGAACAUGUUCUCCUCCCUCACUCCCAGUGAAACAAGAACAUGUCUUAAAGCAUUUACACCAAGUUCCUUGAGACACGAUCUGGCAGUGCUGGAAAAGCAGCUCUGCCUGAUCUCUCACCUUUGCCAAUGGAUGCACGAUGGUUCUCCUUUCCCUCUGACGUGUGUGUGUGAAAUUCAAACGCUGGUGGGAGUUCUGUAUAUGGGUGGCAGGGAAGAGCCCCACUCUGUGCAUCUAAACAAGUGCCACACCUGUUAGAAGAGCUGAUGUUCUUGCAAGCAGUUAGCUGCUCCUGCUGUGAUGUCCAUUGCUGGCAAUGGAAAUGCUGGAGUCUACUUACCCUGAGUGGUUUUGUCACCCCUGUCUAAUCUAACUAAUUAGCUGCAAGUGAGAAAUGUUCAACACUUCACCUGUACAAAAAGAAAUUUUGCAGCCAAACUGUAUUGUUUCUGGUUUUUAAAUAAAGACUGCAGAAAAUCAACCACAGCAUCUUUUUCUAACCAAGAAAAGGGAAUGUUUGCUCCAGAUCCAUGUAACCUAAAUCUAGCAAUAUCCACUAUAUCCUGUAAUGGUCAUAGCAUCCCAUCUGCUCAUUACAUACACAACACAGUUUGUACAACACAGCCACUAAAAGGAUGAUACCCCUUCCUGCACAUCCUCAUCAAAAACACAGCAAAAAACAGCACAGGUCCAAAACAUGAAUUCACCACAACAGUGCCUCAGGUUCCAGCAAUCCCAGAGUUCCUUGGAGUGGGUGAUAGUCUCUGGCUAAGCACCAAAAAUUUGUAUUAACUGUACACCAAACAAAUUUUUAAAUUUUUUUUGUGUAAAGAUUUAAAAUGUAUUACAGUUAACUUUAAUACAGGUACAUACAAAGGCAGUAUUACAGCAUUUCAAUCUACAAUCGUGUUUUGGUUAGACAGCUCAAACAAACUGAGAGCUCUACACAGUGCAGAACCCAUCAAGGCCUGAAACCAAGCUGCUAAUUCUUUUCUCAGUCUAAUACCCUCAGCACUUAACAGUGCUUUACAGGCCAGUAUAACCACAUUUAUUACAUGCUUGCCUGCAAUCUAUUCCUUCCCCAUCCAAUCACUUCUGAAAGAGUGUCAGUCAUAUCAUCCAAUACCAACCAUGCCACAUCAGGAGUUCUCUGUACAAAAGGCUGAGCAGUGUUUGCCAGCAUUGCACAGGCUGCUGCAAGAACAGCAAGAUGCAAACCCUAGAGAAUGGAUUAGUGCCAUAAACAAAGACUGCAGGUGAUUAUAGCAUACUCUUUGAAUACAAACAAGCUUCAACCACGCUUUCUAAAAGCAAAACCAUUUUCAAGUGUCUUCAGUGAGUGUUAGUGAUUUUAAUUAGGUAUAAAUAUGACUGUAAACUAUAAAUGUAUAGUAUGAGAUAACAUCUUUUAUUAAGUGUAGAUUUCUGAGCCAAGUUCAACCUUCAUAAAAAUCUCUACUCUCCAGUGAUGUAAUGCUUAGGAAGAAUUUGGCCAGCAGGUCUAUUUACAGCAAUGGAAAAAAACAUGCAGCUUAUUUCUUACAGACACCUUGACCAUAUUUAUUAAAAAGAAAACAAAAC